UGCCGCUCUCGGCGCAAGGAGGAAGAUGCUGAAGACUUUCGAGAUUGUCCGGAAGAAGAUGGGCAUCGAAGCUCCUAGUGGUUCUUCCAAUAACUCAGGUGGAGAAGAGUCUUAAAAUGGAUGUAUUGGGAGUAUGUAUCUGCCGGGGCAGAUCGAGCAUGCUACCCCGGUUGGUUAAAUCUUUGCUGAUGUUGAUUAUGAUUCCAUUUGUUUUGUACGUGUUGACUCAACUUCGGUUUACCAAUAGCCACCGCUCAUAUAUGGACGAAAAUUGGCUAGUCGUUAUGCUUUCUCGUUACUGUAGUUAUCCUGUACUCGCGUACAAUCAAUUGUCCGCUUGUUCAUGCGAUAGAUACCUUGUUUUUAGUGGUCUAACUUUGGGCGCACUGUAUCUACGGCCUCUGGCAUUAUUAUCUCAUUCGACAAAAGUUAUUCUCGAAGGAUUAGCAUGCGUUUUGCAAGUCUUGGCCUGUCUCAUAAUACUAUUUGGAGUUUAGCCAACGUACCACAGAUCACAUUAUAUGCUUUUUGCGUCAUAUUUACUCCGAGACCGGUGCACGAUAAGACGGUGCCAAUUUUUUUAAUGUUAACGUUC